AUGCAGUUCAGUACGGUCGAGAAAACAGAACAUUUAUUCCAACUUCAAAAACACACCUUGCCUGAAGAACUGAACGCAAUUAUUAAUAUGCAAUAUCACUCUGGAAGAAAUACAAUGUUGGGAGACGCUUUGAGCCAGAUAAAUAACGAGGUGUUCAACGGACAAGCUGGUGAUCGUUCCACCGUGGAAAAUGUUCUCGUCAUCUUCAGUGACGGUCGAGCACACGAUAUCUCGCGGGCAUACCGAGAGGCAGGCUACAUGAAAGAAAAAGAUGUGCGAAUCAUAGCCACGGCUGUGAGCGACUCUGGCUAUAUCCCCGAGGAGCUGAGAAGGCUUGCGACGCAUCGUAAAGACGUAUUGGCCAUUGAUCUGAGCAACUCUGCGCACUAUGCCAAGGAACUCGCGUCGAUGAUUUGCAAGGCUAACGCGUGA